ACGCUGAACUCUAGACAAGAACCGAACUGCCUCCGGCGCCAAGGAGCCGAACGUGUCAAACGCCAGGGGGACAAAGGCAUGCUGAUUAUCCUCACAAGCUUUCACGUGCUUUUCCACCUUCUUUGACUCUGCUUUCAGUACCGCUCGCCCCGCCACAAACCCAAAUGCGUUAUGAGCAAAAGGGCAUAAAGUUUAACCUGCUCUACAAAAGAAAAUACCAACACUGUACAACCAAAUGUGCUAUUAUGCUAAAACUUGAUAUUUUUUAUCUAGCAUUGUCUUCAACUAUACUCUUAUUCUUUGAUUAUAACUCGUCUUUUGCGUAUGUUGGCUUGAUCAGAUUUUCGGUUUUGGGUCAUUUGCUAGGCAAUUUACCGGCAAGGAUGCUAAGGUCGCCCUUGAACUUUCGUUUAUGGAGAUUGUUCAGGGAAGUACAAAACAUAUAGGAUACAGCGCAACCUGAGAUGAACUGUUUGGAUGCAACUUUAGUUACCAUAUUUCAGAUACAUAUGGAGGAAGGGCCUGGUGAUAUACUUGUUUUUUUAUCUGGUCAAGAAGAGUUUGAAUCCAUUGAGGGUCUUGUGCAUGAAAAUCUCAAGAAAUUACCUGAAGCCAAUCAGAAACUCUUAAUUUAUCCAUUGUUCUCUUCUCUUCCAUCGGAGAAGCAAAUGAAAGUUUUCACACCUGCUCCAGUUGGGUUCAGAAAGGUUAUACCGGCAACAAACAUUGUUGAAACAUCAGUAAGAAUACCACGAGUCAAGUAUGUUAUUCAUCCUGGAUUGGUAAAAGUGUGCAAUUACUCUCCUGACAGUGGGAUCGAAUCUUUGAUUGUUGUUAAAACUUCGAAAGCUCAAGCUCUUCAAAGAAGGAUGAUCCCCUAUAUGUUGCUGCCAGGCAAGAUGGGAAGAUAUUAGUCUCUAGUCUGUGGGUUGAUCACAGUUUUGAUGUUGGAGCGCCUGUGGAUACAACCUCGGUGACGCUGAUUAUUUAACUCGCAUGAAGAUUGUGAAAGAGAUUCAUGAACACAAUGAAGUUUUGAGUUUUUAUUCAUACACUUUAGUUUAUUUUGGUUAUAUGUUUGAUCAUUAGACUUAGAUCGGCACUUAUUAGCCAUUUCAAAUCUUCGGAAGAUUGAUUGAACUUUUAAAUUUUAAUUGAAGUGAUUAUUUUAUGA